AUGCAGAGCUAUUCCUUUGACUAUAUAUUAGAUUAAUUUAUUGGUUUUGGAAAAUAUCAACUACAAACAUUUGCUAAUAGUUGUGCCCUGUCUUGCAAUUUUGGAAAUUUGGCUUUGUUACUUAGUUUACUCUUAAAAUUAUAUAAAUAAGAAUUAGAUAUCACUAUGAAUAAAGUAAUUUUAUUGGCAGUGGUUCAUAGAAUUGGAAGUGCAUUAGCAGGUAUUUUCGUAAUGAAAUUUAAUAAUAUUUUGGGAAGAAUAAAAAUUAUAAAAUAUUCUUUAAUAGUAUUGGCACUUGCUUAAUUAUCUGCAUCAAUUGCUGAAAAAUAUUUCAUAAUUUUGUUUGUAUUUAUAUUCUAAGGAUUUAUGCAUGGAAUAUGUGCAUAAUAUAGUUAAUUAUUAACAAUAGAAGUGAUUCCUAGAAAUAAUAGAGGAUAAAUGGCUGCUUUGGUUAAUCUUUUUCAUGGAAUAGGAAGUGGUUAUCCAAUAUUAUUAUGGUAUCUUUUUUGUGAAGAUUAUGAAAAUGGGAAUCAUAAUGCCAUCCAUUUUUGUAAUGCUUUACUAACAAUUUCUAUUUACUAUUAUCUUAAGAAAUAUGGAAGAGAUAAUCCUAGAUAUUAUUUAUCUAUGGGAAGAUUUAGUGAAUGUUUUUAUGAAAUUGAUCACAUAUUGAAGGAAAAUUAAUGUGCCUAUUUUGAUAAACUAAACAAUCAAUAAAAAGAUGCUUUGAUUCUAUGGUAUGCAGAAAACUUUUCUGAAACAAAAUAAAAAAAGUCAUAAAUAUCUACUCUCUUUACAAAGAAUAAUAUUAGAAUAACUAUUUAUGUAAUUUCAAUCUAAAUUAUUUAUUAUGCUGCAACAUCAAUAUAAUAAUACUUAUUACCUUUUAUAUAUCAUGAUAAGUAAAAGGGAUUCGAAUCAUUAUUUUUUUAACAAGUAGGUAUCAUUCCUGCAGUGUUUAUUUAAUCAUUUUUUAUUGAUAGUCCUACUUUUGGUAGAGCUAAAUCUGGUAUGAUUAUUUCAAUUUUAUUAUGCAUUACUUAUUUGUUGAUUUUCUAUUAAUAGGAUACAUAUAUAUCAUAAUAAGUUUUAGUUAGAUUUCUAUUAGAAAUUUAAUUUACAGUAAUGUAAAUUAUGAUCAAUGAGUCAUUCAAUAGUAAUCUUCGAGCAUUAGGAUUAAGUUUUUCAUAUGUAAUAGCUAAAAUAUCUUAAUUGCUUUCCCCUGUAAUUAUUUUUAAAUUAUAUGAAACUCAAAUAUUUCUGCCAUUUUUAUUUUGUGGAUGUUUAUUUCUAGUUAAUGGAAUACUUUAUGCAACAUUCCCAAGAGAAAGAACAAAAAAGGCAUUAGAUUUAGAUUUAUCUGAAAGUCUAAGUUAAAGCAAAAGGAGUGAUAGUGAGUAUUGA